UAUUCAUAGUGGCUUCUUAAAAUUGUAUUUUUAAUUUUUUGGAAAAUGAAAAUUGAUGAAAUUUGUCGAACUUGCCUUUCUGAAUCUUCAGAUUUAAGAUCAAUUUUUAAGCUGGGAGUAAUUGCGGGUAAAACAACAACUUUAUCAAGAGUUUUAAUGGAAUUUACAAAGCUAACCAUAAACGAAUCGGAUAUAUUUCCUGACAAAAUGUGCUAUGGUUGUGUUAUACAAGCAAAUCAAUCUUUUGCAUUUCUUCAAACAUGUCUUGAAUCAGAUAGGUAUUUAAAGGAAAAAUUAGGUAGCCCAAAAACUUCACGAAGAAUAAGUGAUUGCAAUGAUGAUUUUACCAUGGGUGAGCCAGAGACACAAACAGUUUACUUAUACAAUGCUGUAAAUAUUGAAGGAGAUAAUGAAAUUGAUGUUCAUAUAGAACCAUCGGAAGUAAAAGUUAUUAAGGGUCAUUCAGCGCGUUCUUUAUCUCGUAAUAAUGACCAUAACAUUAUAAUAUCAUCUGACGAUAGAAGUGAACAAGAUCAGAAUGAAUCUGAAGGAAUUAUUCAACACAUUAUAGAAGAUGAUAGCAUAGAAACAGAAAUUUUAGAAAUUGAACAAGAAGAUGAAGAUAAUACUAAUUCAAGUUUCGACAACCUUAAUAAUGAUGAUGAUUAUUAUGACCAAAGUACAAAUGAUAUGAUAAGCAAAAUGCAAUUAAAGAACGAAACCGUGAAUAAAGCUCUCAGUGAUUUAAAUUUUGAUCAAAAUGAUGAAAACGGAAAUGUACAUAUGAUAAAAGUUGAACAAAAUGUUGAAAAUAUUUCUGAAGAAAGUAAAAAAAAACGUAGAUCAAGAAAUUUUUCUGAAAAAAUGAAUAUCCCGGGACCACCAUAUAUAUGCAAAAUUUGUAAAAAACAUUUGAGUACAAGAUCAUCAAUGAAAUAUCAUAUGCAAUUGCAUUCGAGUUCUACACCGUUUUUAUGUAAUGAAUGUGGAGAAGGUUUUAAAACAAGAAACGCUUAUGAGGGGCAUAUGACAACGCAUGACGUAAAUAAUCCGCAUAAAUGUACAGUUUGCGGAAAAGUUUAUAGACAAGCAAACUCUUUAAAAACACAUAUGCUUACACAUACAGGGGAAAAACCGUUUUUAUGUGGGAUUUGUGGAAAAGGCAUGACACAGAAAUCAGGAUUCAAGAAACACAUGCUGGUGCAUUCUGGAGAAAUGCCGUUCCAAUGUCACAUUUGCCAUAAAAGGUUUCGUUAUUCAAGUAACUUGAUUGCACAUAAAAAAACACAUUGCGAAGUGAAGGAAAAGUUAAAUUCUUGCAAGAUUUGUAAUAAAGCAUUCAGUUCACCAGCUGAUUUGAAAAGACAUAUGAAUAUACAUAAUUCAAAAAUAGUUGCAGAAUGCAGAUAUUGCAAUAAACGUUUUGGGAAACUUGAAAUAUUAGCAGCUCAUAUAAAAACAAAUCAUGAAAUGGAGUAUAAAAAAACUAAUAUUAAAACAGAAAUUGAUGAUUCAGUUUCAACGGAAUAAUUAAUUCAUUGCCCAAAAAAAAUUUGAUAUUUCAUUUUAAU